GCCAGGGUGGAAGCUGCGGCAGAGGAAAGGCAGCGAGGGAGGCAGAGAGAGAACUUGCCCCUCUGUCCUGCCGGGGGCCUGCGAGACGGGGGCGACGUGUGCGGUGAAAGGUGGUGGGAGCACAGCCUGUAACAGCCUGGUCACUGGCCUAGUGGAGAAGCAGGAGACGUGAUAUCUUGAUUUUAGUAAAGCCUUUGACCUAGUCCCACGUGACAUUCUCACAAGCAAACUGAGGAAUGUGAUCUAGAUGAAAUGACUAUAAGGUGGCGACACAGCAGUCUUGGUGCUGAUUGUCCAGAAAAUGGCAGAAGAGAGCGCUGAAGCAACAAGCGAUACCAAGUUCAGCCUAAAACUCAUUAAAGAUAAAUGGAUCCCAAUUACCGUUACUGUCGUCAUCACAGCUUUGAUCAUCACCGUAAUUGCACUGGCGGCCAGGAAGCCUCCCCCCUGCCCACGCAGCCCACCCCACGUCACUGCUGCAUGCCCGGACCGCUGGGUGGGAUACCAAGGGAAAUGCUUCUACUUCUCAGAGACUGAAGGGAACUGGAACAACAGCCAGAGCCACUGCUCUGCCCUCAACGCCUCCCUGGCUUCCAUUGAUUCCCUGCCGGAGCUGGAUUUCACGCUGCACUAUAAAGGGGUCCUUUACCACUGGAUUGGCCUCUGGAGGGAACAAGGCGAGGGCCAGCCCUGGAAGUGGACCAACGGUACCAUAUUCAACAACCUGUUUCAGGUCAUAGGGGAAGGGCAGUGCGCCUACCUGGAUGAACAGGGGGUCCGCAGCGCCAGGUGCUACUCAGAGAGACAUUUCAUCUGCAAGCGGCCGGACGAGUGCUCUAGAAGGAAUCCAAGUGCCGCAGGAGGGGACACAAUGUCUAAGAUCACUUAAAGGGUCAAUGCAGCCUCUUCACUGGAUGCAGAACUUACACAUUCAUCAUCUCUUGUGCAGCAUCCGACCUCUGCAACCAUUGCUCUCUCCAGAUCCCGGCUGAAAAAUCAUCUUUCAGUGUUCAGAACACUAACUCUACUGCACAAUAACUUCAUUACCAUGGUACUACUGAACAGGUGCUUUAGAGGUUUAACUCUAACAUUGCGUUAAUACCUAAAGUGAAUAAGCUAUUUAGAUUAUGAAGAAUCCCUGCUUUUAUUUUUAAAAGAGUAUGUUUGUAGCUUGGUUGGUUAUGAAUAUACCCUGGCAAAUCAAAGAGAGCCUGAGUCAGCAGAGAACUUGAAACAAUAACUCAGAAAAGUGCCCCAUUUAAUUGAUUGACGUGUUAACUCUGGAACUUAGUGAUGACAUGAACUUCUUUCUUUUUCCUCUACGCCGGUUUUUCCUGGUGAGGGUUGUGGCAGCAGCAUGGAGAUUAGGGACGACUAGACCUCCCUUUCUUCCACAACAGACUCCAGCUCCUCCUGGGGGAUUCCCAAGUAUUCCCAUGAUGGGCUAGCCCUCCGCAAUGGAAACUGGCCUGACACUAAAAUGACCACAUUAAUUCGUAAAUUAAUUGUAGCUUAUUUUAGUGGAUGAGAGCUUGGAGCUGCAGAGGGGAGAAAGGAAGAGAGUGACAAAGACAGGGGGAAAGAGCAGACAGGGGAGGAUGGAGAAAGAAGAGACGGAAAGGACAGGUUGCUCUAAAGGGAGGAUCCCCCUGAGUGAUGUUGAAUGGGGGACAGAAGAGCUAAGAACUCAGGCCUGGAACCUCAAAGGUUUCCUUGGAGCCUAAAUACCUUUGAGGGUCUAGGUCUCCAUUACUAAUUUAAAGCCAGAUUCUGCUACUGGAAUGUGCUUUUAUUUGGAGGGUUUUCAUAAAUCUCUAGCCCCAGGAGUCAUGUGAUUACAUGAGAAUAUUUCUAGCCUUCCUGAUUGUAGAGAAAAGUUUGAAAAUUGGAUCCUCCCCUCCCCUAACAAAGGUUAAAAAAAAUACCUCAAUUUGUGUAUUAAAAAAGUCAUGAUUUUGGGGGGGGGAUUUUUGAAUGUUUGGGUUUGACAAAACUGGAUUAACAAAAUCUAAAGGUCAUAAAUUUUGGUCACAACUUGAACUGAGUGAAAUGUUUUGACAAAAUCUUUUUUAUUUUUGGCCAAAAAUGCAGAUCUGGUGACACCAAAACAACAUGAGAAACUUUAUCAAUUUUGCCAAAUCAAUUUUAGCAGACAAACAACCUAGAAACAAACUCCAAAAAAAGCUGAACAUUUAAUUUCACUGGUUUGGGCUUUUUGUUUCAUAACUUCCUUUAAUUUUGUUUUUAAACCUUAAAAAUCAAAAUGAAACUUUUUUUAAACUUUUUUUUUUUUUUUACUUUUUGAUGCAAUAAGAAUUUUGAAACAAAAUUGUUCUUGACUUAAUCCAAGACUAUUUUUUGUUUGGUUUGUUGGAACUUCCAACAAAGUGAAAAAAUCCAUGAUUUGCCCAGCGCUAGUUGUGUCCUCACCUUCCCUU